AGAGAGAGAGAGAGAGAGAGCAUUUAUACUUUAUAUAACAUGUAAUGGUUUGGGCAGGAUGGUGGCGUUGAUUAGGGGGCGCUGAUUCUGAUAUGUUAAUCAAACUAGCAAAUAUUGUAAAAUAUACGUGUAUAAAAUAAACGAUUAAUUAUUUUGUAUUCUUAAUCUUGGGACUCAAAAUUUAGCCUUUCCUACAUGUAUAUAAGAAAGUACUAAAUUAUAGCAAUAUAUAAUGCAUUUUGUUAAACAGCGCUACAAAUGUCCGAGAAAAAAAAAUGACUGGAAAUUUUACUGCAUUAUUGUUGUGCAUUUAAUAUGAAUAUAUUAUUUAUUCAGAGAUUCAACAUUGGGCAAUGCAGCCUAUCAGUUUACAAUAAUUCACAUAUUAUAAUAUAAUAUUAUAAACAUUAGACUCAUUGGAGUGUGUGACGAUUUUUAUAGAAACAUGCAUUUAUCUUCUUAUUAAUUUGUACUAAUUUAUCUGAGAAGGGGAACACAGGUAAAUCCUACCAGUGCCCCUUUAGAGGACCCCAUAAUUGUCUAAAGUAAUGAUAUGUUUGGUUUGGCGAGUAGCAGUUCUGGGGAAUAAACCCAUUAGAUGGACCAUUAAAUUUAAAAAAAAAAACAACGAACGAAUGAAAGCCAAGCAAUACCAAGAAAAAGUUAAAAGGCCAAUCUCUAUUAUUUUCUUUCUUCAAGAAACUCCUUAACAUGUGUUUAAUAAAUAUGAUAAGAUUUAUUUAAAAUAAAGGGCCGUUUAAAACAAUUGUAUGUAAUGUUUAUUUAGAGUUUAUUUCCCGGAGUAAAAAGAAAACAUUUCUGAUUUCAUUUCCUUUAACCGCUGAGCAUUUCAUUUAAAUCAAGAUUCACAAGGAAAGGUAAACGGAAAGGGAUUAUAGAAAGAGGAUUUAAAAUACUGCGCAAAGUAUUAGAAAUAGAGUCCAAAGUUGGCCACCGUAAGAAACCGGUAUUGUAUGUAAAAUAAUUUCGGUGUAGUUUUCCACGCGAUGCAUUUUCAUUUUAUCUAGCAAAGGUGGAAACGAGUGAAAAAGCACUACGUAUAUCAUGGCACAAAAAACCUCGGGAAACGUGGACGCCUGUCCCGUUACCAAGGAGACAUGGGAGGCACGUGCAGAAGCAAAAAAGGGAGACUGUGGAGGACAGAGUGUUUACCAUUGUCUGGCUGACAAGGAGGGCAGGAAGUGGGAGAGAUGUGUGGAGAAAACUCGGAUUAAACAAGGUAUUUGUCCAAUUUUCAGAAGCGAUGGCUUCAUCGAUUGGAAGCCAUGUAACAUAUCAGCAUCCACAUGUCCAAACAGUUCCUUUUUGUCUAAUGAGGUUUACAAACAUGUAUACUGUUUUGGUAACAAUAGCUUCCACAUACCAAAAAAUGAAAAACAUAAGAAAGCUGAAGGUGUCAAUGCUGGGUUAGUCAUCGGUAUCGUCUUCCUCGUCGUAGUCAUUGUGGGCAUAAUAGCAGCUGUCAAAAUAUGUUUCUGGAAGAAACGUUCAAGACGAAAUAAUCAAGAUGAUAGAGAGCGACAAGAGCUUUUAAAUGAAUCAGUAAUUGGAGGAUCGGACGAAACUGUAAAAGAAGCAAUCUCAACCGGGAUUCAGUUGCUAUUGAGAACAAAGGUUAAAUCUAUAGUUGUGCUAGGGAAAUUUGGCAGUGGCGUUUAUAGUACAUCAUGUAGUAUUUCUGAAGGAUUCAGAGAGCUGAAAUCAAACAAAUGGGAGAUCUUGAAUUGUCGCUACACAGAAAUACCGGACACUGUCAAUGAAAAAACAAUUGUUUUUGUAUACGGAUGGUUUGGAAUAUGGAACGAUGACCUAUGCUCGGUAGAUAUAGCAAAAACGGCUUGCCAAUCCUUGAUACGAAUACUGAACGAGACUACCAAAGUUAAGUUUGUAAUUGGGAUGAGGUCAGAUCUGUACAUAAAGUACCAUGGAGUACUAAACGUUGACGAUUUUCAGAAGCAUUUGUUUGAAAACGAAAUUACUUUGGAUAGUGCUAACACCACUGAAGAUGCCAAAUUCGCAUAUUGUUAUGAAAAUAUGAGAAAGAAAUGCCAAAAAGACGAAUGUGUAUUCCAAAAUAUGACAUGCGAGAUGAUUCAAACAGGAAAAGAUAACGCUGUUGGCAUGUUCCUUAAACUUAAUCUUAUGGAAAGGUAUCAUGACCAAAUUCAUGAUUAUAAAGGUGAAUGGGAUAUUUCCAUGGCGAUUAGAGAUCAUUUCAUUUCUCUCGAAAACGACGAAACAAAACGACACGUCUACGCAUGGAUUGUAUACAUUUGUUUUAAAGAACAUUUUAAGCAAACUGGGCAAUUUGACACAGAAUUGGUUGAAAAAAUUGGUUUCCAAAUAGAUAAAUCGUCUUUCAAUGAAAACGAUAAGGAUCUAUAUGUAUAUUUUAAGAUGCGGAAUUCUUAUUCAGAGAAUAAUGUUUCUCCUAGUGAUAAACAAUAUGUUUUCUGGCACCCAUUUAUCUAUAUAUGCGCCUUUAAAUUUUUGUUUGAGAAGUACCCUGAGCUUGUAAUGAAAUACUGCAAUGUAGACGCCAUUUUGCAACUUGUUCGACCAAAAGAAGCUCAAAUCUCAUAUUUCGAAGUUACUGCAGAUGAGCAUUGUGUUAAUCUGUUUAAUGAAAGAAUGCAUGAUUUGAAUUUAGCAGAAAGAUACAUGGAUAAUCCAUUGAUAAAAUCGAGAACAUGUGACACAAAGAGAGAAUCUCAAGAGUUGCAAUAACAAUAAAACCGUACGUUGAUAUAUUCCUCAUUCGACUAUCUUGCAUUUUAUGUCUCCAGACAUAAAGCAGACCCAGGGUCAGUUUUUGGAGUCUGCUUUGGUGUGAGGUUGUGUCUGGUCGGUACUGUGUUUACCCAGAUAUAUUACCUGCUCCACAUACCCUAACCUAGUCUAUUAUCUGAUACUUCUGGCUCAGAUUCACAAUCAAGCGUGUCAAUUGCAUUAGACUAAGUAUUUUAAGAUGCGCCAUUCAUGUAAAUUUUGUUAAUAUAUGUCUAGUAAUAAAUUAGGUAUGGUCAUCAGCUUAAAAAACCGUUAACUUCCUCCAUUGAACCUUAACCUCCUCAAAAUCUAGCUAUAACCCAGAUUUAGUAAUGAAGCUUGCCAGGUUCAUAGUUUAAACAUAUUUUAUUGAAUAAAUUCAAUAGGAUUGGAACAGGCAUAUCCUUUGUAUAUCCUCUCCUUGUCAGAUACAUGUACAUAAGAUUGUUAAGAUGCACUAUCCAUGCAAGUUUGGUUAGUAUAGAACCAGUAAAGACUUAAAUAAGACCAUCAAAGGACACCUGCUCCAAACCUUCAACAAGGUCCGAACGUCGACCCCAAUGCCAAAUGUAUAGCAUAAGCUACUAUUCCACCCCCACCCAAUCGAAAUCAUUCCGAUGAGCUUAAUAGGGAAAAUAUCUAACACGCUAUCAAUUUGUUCAUUUUUCUAAAUUGUGUACCACAUCCUUUGAUUCCCCCUCCUGAGAAAGGGACACAAGAACUAACUUAUGAACUGAUAGCCACUAACUUAGUGUUACUCAGAUAGUCGGUUCUGUCAUCUUGUUUUCCUCAAUUUAGACAUUUAUUAAUAAAGAGACCAUGCUUUUGCUUAACGUAAUUAUGAAAGUAAUGCAUCAUGAUAUUUUGGCAUCAAUUUAAAGCAGAUCAUUAUACAUAUAUGUAUGUGUGUGUUUAUAUUUAGUUUAGAUAAUAAAGUAGACUAAAAGAUCA